AUGUGGCCGGUGAUUGUCAAUUUCCUGCGUGUUAACCUGCCCUACAUUGCCCUGCCCUUCGCUGCAGUGGUGGGCUUUGUCGGUUUCAGCAUGGAAUCUCGUCUUCGUGGCUCUGAGCGCCUCUCCAGUGCCGACGCCCUACCCAAGAAGACUUUCAAGCAGGCCCGCCUCGAAAGACGCCUGGACGAAAAUGUGGAAGAG